CCCGGAUUUGACACCACUUGAUGGAUUGGCUGAUGGGUGCAUCCACGCUGAUCAGUGCUACGGUGCUUGGCCAAACGGGGUAUAUAGAUCCUCUGCUCUGUCCAAAGCUUGGCUGGAUCUCAACCCCCGACUCACCAACACAAUACCUAUCCCGUGAGUCUAUACUUCAUUCACCAUGGGAGCAGCUGGCGGUGGAUUCUCCCCUGAUGCCUUCAAACGCGUACCUCCGGCAGCCCGACGACCAUAUAUCUGGCUAGCCGCCAUUUGGGCCUCAUACUGCGGCGGCCUGCACGGGUUCAACACGGCCAACAUCUCCGGAGCGAUGCAGAUGAGCCAAUGGGACCAGGAUUUUGGAUGGAAAGGGCUCGCCAGCACCACCAUAUCCAAUUAUGAGGGCUGGGCGGUAUCCUCGAUGCUUCUAGGCCAAACGGUCGGAGUCUUCCUUGCAGGUCCUCUUGGGGACCGACGAGGGCGAAAGUCAGUCAUCCUCGCCUCGGCCAUCUGCUACGUGAUCGGGGCCAUUCUCAUGGCCGCCAACCUGGGCUCUUUCGCCGAGCUGCUCGUGGGACGCGUCCUGUCUGGACUGGGAUCUGGUAUGGGAAUGUCUGCAGGGCCCAUUUAUAUCUCCGAGGUUGCACCCCUCGAGCUCCGCGGAAUGAUGACCACCUUCUACAACGUGAACAUCAUGUCCGGCGUGGCCGGCAGCUACUGGAUCAACUACGCAUCGCCGCAAGUCCUCCCCAGCACCUCCAGCUGGCAAUGGCGCACCACACUUGUGCUACAAUCCAUCCCCGCCAUCAUCCUACUACUCGGGUUUCCUUUCUUCCCAGAAAGCCCCCGUUACCUAAUGAUGCGCGGACGCAUCGAUGCUGCGCAUCGCAGUCUCUCCCGGCUUCGCGGCGGCUUGGACGAAAGCACCGAGUACUUUGCGCGCGAAUACACCGAACUACGCAGCAGGCUCGACACGACCUCUACGUCAGGAACACAAGCCUUCCUCUCCCUGCUACGAGAAUGCAUCCACCACGCCCCAACCCGCAAGGUCCUCCUCUUUGUCACGCUGAUCCAAACAUUCUUCAUCAUGUCCGGCGGCAACAGCAUCACUUACUACGCCCCUGACAUUCUCGACUCCAUCGGCCUCAGCCACUCACAAGUCCUCCUCUUCACGGCCAUCUACGGUCUAAUCAAGUUCUUCGCUGUAUUGCUAUAUGCAUUUUUCCUCACCGACCGCUACGGCCGUCGUCCGCUCCUCCUCCUCGGCUCUACCAUCAAUGUUCUCUGUCUGCUAUAUCUGACCUGCUACCUGGCCCUCAACCCACCCUCCUCCUCCACCUCCCCCUCAGCCGCCUCCUGGGUCAGCAUCGUCGCCAUCUGCAUUUACGCCAUCGGCUACGGCUUCGGCUGGGCGCCAGCCUUCUCCCUGACCGCGUCGGAGAUCUGCCCGACCCGCAUCCGCGGAACGGUAGUAACCCUGGCGUUUACAUACCAGAACCUGUUGAAUUUCGGGAUUACCCGAGCAUUCCCGAACAUGACGGAUAGUAUGCACACGUGGGGACCGUUUGCGCUGUUCACGGCGUUCACGGCGGUGGGGACAGUGUGGGUGGGGGUCGCGUUUCCCGAAUGCAAGGGCAAAAGCAUGGAGGGGAUGGAGGAGGUGUUUUCCAGGCCAUGGUGGCGGGUUGGAUGGGAUGGUCCAGCAACUACGGGGAAUGAGCAGAGGGUAGAAGACACUGAAGUUGAGAAAGGAACGAGUACCCACGAAGAAAUCAUUCAUAAAUAGCACUAUCCCGGACAGACCAGCAUACGAGACCCAUGCAAUGAAUACAAUAUGACAAAUUCCUCUCCACCACCACGCGACAAUAAGCUUAAUUUCGGACGGAGCUGACCCAGGAACGAGCCAUGAUUCCGACCGUCAUUAAUCAAAAUCCAUACGGUUGAGUGAGUGUAUCCAUGGCAGACAAUUCCCCUGACAGGUUGAAUAAUGGCGGGAUGAGUCCAAACGCCCGUCAGAAGUUUAUUGAUUGCGUGAACCAAUAAACAGCAUGGUGCGGACCCAGCCGUGCGGAUCAUGUCUCGGAUAACACUCGGAAGGGCUUGGAGAUGG